AUGAUCAACGACUCGUCCACCUGGGCGAGUGGCAACACCACCUCUGCCAUCCCCGACGCCGCCCACCUCACCGCCCUCCUCACAACCCGUGCAGCGCUCCCCCUAUACCUCAUCCUCUUUCUCUAUAUCCUCUCUCACAUCCCGUCCUUCCUCGACCGCUUCGCAGCCACACCAUCACCGUCCACCUCGGCGUUCGUCAUCCCGGCCCUCACCCGGCACGCGCGCUUCCUCCCCACUCCCUCAGCCCACGCGUUCAAGUACAACACCCUCUACCUCGCCGUCCGACUCGAUGCGCUCGAAUCGCGUCGACUCGACACGCCCGCCUUCGCAUGGAAGGGCAACCUGCUUCAGCCCGAGUACGUCGACACUGCGGCGCUGGCGGGCGAGCGGAAUGUGACCCCCGUCGGCAAGGCUGUAGCCGACGGAGGGGAGGGGUGGAAAGCGAAGAUGCGUGCGGCGGAGCGAGUGGAGCGACGGCGAUUGGAGGAGAAGCGGACGAGGAAUGAGAGGGUACGCCGGAGUCUCACCGGUUUGCAUCCUAGAUCGUAUCUCCGGACCAAUUUACCAGGAGAGAAAGGGAACUGGGUCAAGGGGUCGAUCCUGCUCAAGCUGGCGUACGAGCUGCGCGAACGCGGGCUGAUGAACACCGGACCGCAGGAUGCAGACACCACGAAGGACUGGAGGGACGAAUUGGGCCAUGUGUGGACGGUUACCAUGCCUUCGGUGGCGGGAGUGACGGGGAUCAAUCCUCUCACGGUGCACUACUGCUUCCGCCCGCACAGCUUCCCUGCCAAAUCCACCCAGGCCAAGGGUGAGCAAGACAAGCGCGGCGUGUUCUGGCUCGUCGUCCUCGAAGUGCACAACACCUUUUCCGAGCGACACAUCUACGUCCUUCGAUCUGGCGUCGAUGAGGACUUGCCGCGCCGCGAGGGGUACGCUCACCAAUGGACGUUUCCUCGCUCGUUCCACGUGUCGCCGUUCAACGAUCGAGGUGGGUUCUAUCGCCUUUUCCUGCGACAUCCGCUACCCACUUCCUCGUCAUCGUUCGACUUGGGCAUUCGGUUGCUGCUGCUGGUCGAAUCCGAUUCGACGCCGCCAAAGUUGGAAAAGAAGCUCAUGGCGACACUCGAUUCCCUCCCGCCAUCCAAAAAUGGACGGUCCGUACGCCCGCUCUCCCCCGCCACACUCACCGCCGCACUCCUGCGUCAACCGCUGGACCUGUUCCUCACAUUCAUCCGCAUCCUCUGGCAAGCGGGCAAGCUGCAUUUCGCCAAAAAGCUCGAUGCGUUCGGUCGACCGGACAUGGUCCAGCCCACGGAAGUCGCGGGCAAAUGGGACGGGGUAGGACUUCCACCCCCCCUCAAUCGGAUUCAGGCUCAUCGUGCGGAGGGGAAGGCUGCGGUGGGUGGGGGACUGGUCUACCCCGAAGCGGGGUGGGGCGAGCGUGUGGCCAAGGACCACGUGCGCACUCUGUUGGAGAAGAGGGUUCGAGAGACAGAAGGAUGGAGGGUGAAGAUCCAUUCGACCGAUCCGGCGGAUGAAGGGUUGGACGUGGGGUUGGGGCCAAAGGAGUUGGUGCUCUACACGAGGUCCUUCGGGGUGUAUGUGGAUCUCAUGACGUAUCAACCGCGAUUGGCGUUGCUGUUGGGAAGCAGGGUUGGGCGACGGUGGGGCGUGAACUCUGUCGAGUUGUUCAACGAGUUCUUCGCCAACCCUGCAUCGCAGACAGGGGUGCGGAAGAGACAUCUCGAUUUUUUGCUCGCCUCUGCAGACCGACCGGACGCGCUACAGACGCUGCAAAAGAUCGGCAUAGACCUGGUGGCCCCGAAAAAGGAAGGGGAGAAGGAGGGUUGGAAGGUGACCACGGCGCUCUGGAUGGGGUACGCUGCGGCGGUGGCGGAGAAGAAGCUCUUCGCAGCGUUGGGUGCGAGGUACGUCAAGGGCACGGAGCCGUGGUUGGAGCUGCAACGCGGGUUGGACUGGAUCGAGGCAGACGAAAGGGAGGAAGAGGCUGAGAAGGACGCGAAGGAACAAGACGGGGCGAUGUGGGACACUCGCUUGGGCAGCGUGUACAAUCCUUGA